CACUACCACUGUGCCACCUUGCACAUGUGUGACUGUUUAAACUUUAACUUUAUAUAUUAAGACUUUAAAUUUUAUAUAUUCAGAAAUUCAAUAUAUUUGCCUGAUUGGCACCCCAUUUUAUACACACAUAAAUACAUAUUCAUAUACAUACACAGUAUAUAUGAGCUUGGAACUUUAAGAGCUAAGGUUUUCAAUUUAGUUCAAUUUAUUGUCAUUAUACCUAAUGAUACAAUGAAAAGCAUUUGUUACCAUUCUUGCUAAAAACAAUUCCGUACAUAAUAUGAAGACAGCACAAACACAAAUGACUAGAAUAAACUCUAGCACAAAUAUGCAAAUAUAUCAAAUUAAAAAUAAAUUAAUAAAUGCUAGAUAUAACCAUGCCACAUAUAGCAAGUAACAGCCAGACAAAAUAAGUAACUUAGCUACUGAUGGUAAAUAUCAUUUAAUUGAAUAGUGUAAAAUUGUUUACAGAAUGGUUACAGGUCAAACAGAUAAUAGUGUUUUAACAUUAGUGAUGAGUAAUAUAGACAAAUUUCAAUGUGCAUACCAUUUCACAAGAAACGUAGUCUUUCCUGUUUGUGAUUUGAAGUUCAUUAUUUAAAAUAAUGCUUGUCUCCUUAACCAGUUUUUCAAAUGCCAUGAUAUAUGGCAGUGGUGAGUUUUUAAGAUAUCAGAUCUAGAAUAAGGUUCAAUUAGUGUUAAUUUUACUUUGCAGAUUCUUUUAUUUCUCUUUGUAGACCACGUCAGUUGCUCAGAGGAGACCUUUGACUGUCUUAAACAGAUGACUGAGUCUCAAAAUAAUUCUGUUGUCCGCUACACCAACAUGCUUGAGUGCCUUGCUGAUGUCAAAAAUUAUGGAUCAAACAGAAUUAAUGAGCUGAUGGAGGAAAUAUUAUUUGAAAUUAAUGGUACUCUCAAAAUGAAUAAUAUGAUUGCCUCAGUUACAAAGUCUGCCUCUGCUUUUAAUGGCCUUCAUUUGGGAACUGAUUUAGAAAAUGUAUUUUUCAAUGUAACUGAAAUGACAAAUUUAACAGUUGAAAUGAUUUUGCCACCUCAACCAUUGGGCUUCAGUGAAGAAUUUCUUGGGAAAAUUCUUUUUGAUGUAAUGUGGAACACAUCUCUAUUUAAGGAUACUAACACCAGUGCUCUUUUGGAAUCUGUGGUUGUUGGAGUAAUCGUGGAAAAUGCAAGCAUUUCUAAUCUCAGUAAUCCUUUGAUCAUCAGGUUCUUCACUGGUAAUAAUUCAGCCUUUACAAACAUGACAUGUGCAUUUUGGGACGAAACAGAAGAAAAUGGCGCAGGUGAUUGGAGUGUUGCUGGCUGUCAAACCUUUGUGAAGAAUUCCAGCGUAACAUGUAAAUUCAGCCGUCUCUCCUAUUUUGCUGUCCUUGUGUCACCUGUGCAGGAACCAAGUGAACAAAAUGCUAAAGCUCUGAGAUACAUCAGCUACAUUGGCUGUGGGAUCUCUAGUUUUUGUAUGACUGUCAUCCUCAUUAUUCAUCAAAAGUUUCUGCUAAAACCUUCAGACCAGGCCUGGUUCAUCCACCUCAAUCUGGCAGGAGCAGUACUGCUCUUGAACUUGAUGUACCUCUGUAGUGCUGCUAUACCAGCCGUUCUGAACAUUUCCUGGCUUUGUACGACCACGGGCCUGGUGCUGCAUUUCUCCCUUAUCUGCUCCUUCACUUGGAUGACAUUGGAGGCCUGUCAGAUGUACCUGCUAUUGUGGAGACCAUUCGAUGUCUACAUAAGGCAUUUCACACUCAAGUCCACCUUUGUAGGUUGGGGAGUCCCUGCUCUUAUUGUGCUCACAGUUGUUGCUGCUGACAAGAAUAAUUACGGUCCAAUUUAUAACAUGUGCUGGAUCACAAAAUCUGCUCUACAGUACUGUUUAGUGAUGGGAUACUAUGGAGUUGUAUUCAUCUUUACCACUGGCAUGUUGGUUGCUAUGAUUUUUAAGAUUGUCCAAAUAAAGCGAGCAAACAAGCAGACUUACAAUGAAAACACCAGCAUCUGCAAAUUCACUUCCACAUUUCUGGGACUAACCUGCCUGCUGGGUACUACUUGGGGACUGGGAUUCUUCACCAUUAUUACUCAGAGUUUGACAACUCAGUAUUUAUUUUGCAUCAUAAACUCCUUGUAUGGUUUUUUCCUAUUUUUAUGGAUCUGUGCUCGAUGGAAUAAUGAGAAAAAAACCUGUCAGGAGAACAGCUCCAAUUCUCAAAUUGCUAAUGCUUCUGAUAACCAUCAAUUCUGAAAGUUUAUUUAUUGUCUACUAUAAAAGAGUUUUGUGAGUCAAUCAAAAUGGAGUUACACUUUAUUUAUCUGUCUCUAUAUGUUCUAAAUAUUUUUCCCAAGCCUGUACUGUAAACUCUCCCAGUCCAAAUGACAAUUUUAUUUACAUCUAUUUUUGGAUGUUUGAUCAAAAUUAGUUUUUUAUGUGUAUUUUGCUUAAAACAUUCAUCACUAUGCCACUGCUUAGAAAGUGCAUUUUCUGAUGGUACUUUGAUGUAUACAAAAUGUUCUUUGUGACAGAGCACCUCCAUGUAUUAAAAUACAUAAAAGAUGUUAAAAUUGUUGAAAGGAUCACAUACAAGUAAUGUUUAAUAGUUACAUACAUGAUUGUAAUAUGUACUUGUUUUUUAGUGUUACCAUGUUCACUUUAAGAGUGUCACUGGAACAAAUCAGGUAGCAUUUGUGUUCCAAAGUGCUC